AUGCCGCCCUCAUCAACAACCCAGCGCCUCCUCCGCGAACUCAAAGAAUACACAAACAACCCCAACGAAGCCCUCCUUCAUCUCGGCCCUAUAGAUGAAGAUGACCUCUACACCUGGGAAGCAGUCCUAAAAGGCGUGAAAGGCACACCCUACGAAGACGGCCUAUGGUCCCUCUCAAUUCAGAUCCCAACAAACUACCCCCUCUCCCCACCAACAAUCCGCUUCACGACCCGAAUCUCCCACCCGAACAUCUCCUUCACGACCGGCGAGAUCUGCCUCACGCUUCUGACAACCGAGCACUGGAGCCCCGUGUACACACUCAGCACCACUUUGACGGCGGUUCAUCAGUUACUCACAGAUCCCCGGCCGGACUCGCCGCUGAAUGUUGAUGUUGCGGCGUUGUUGAGGGAUGGCGAUAUUCCAGCUUGGGAGAGUGUUGUUCGGUACUACACGAAGGAGGAGAGGUGGAGGGGGAGGGUUUGA